GAUUACUAAACUAAGUUCCACGGGUCUCGAGCUUCCGAUAACCGACGUUCUUGAACGCACCACAGUACUCGAUCGCCUCCAUUCUGGGAGGACUGCUUCCAGACGCGUUCAGAACUACCGGGAUAACGCCGCCUCCGGUUUCAAAGUGCAACUCCCGGAAGAUUGAACCGUUUGUGUGAAAGUUCACAGGGUGAAAGUUGACGGUGGAACAGAGACGUUUUGGAUCACCGACCACAGCGCAGCAUCCCUGCUCCUGUUUUCUGUUUGAUCUGUUCUCAAGGACUCUACGUCAGCGGGGCUGCAGUCAGAGUUGUUGGAAAGACAAAAACAAGAAAAAUGCAGCUCGGAAAAGAAUUGCAGGACUCUGCCGGUACCGGGACAUCUGCGGCCAGAACCACCGGCCGCCGGAAGAACACCGCAGUUAUUUACGUGACGUUUCUAAUCCUCACUCUUGAUCUGAGCAUGAUGUUUUUGCAGUUCUCCGUGACACCAUACUUGGCGAAGAAACUUGGCUUUGACACUUUAUGGUUUGGUUACCUGCAAACUACAGUUGGUGUUGCUCAGCUGAUUGGGGGUCCUGUGUUUGGAAGGUUUGGAGACCUUUUUGGAGCACGGGCAGCCUUGACUCUCGUGUGUUCUGCAAAUGUUGUUUUCUUUGUGCUGCUGGCAUUAGCCAACCAUCCCAUUUUACUUUUCGUUCACAAAAUCCCCACCAUCUUCAUGCACAUCGUGCCUGCUUGUCAGAUGGUCCUCACGGAUCUUUCAGAGCCGGAGAAGCGAGCUGAUGUCUUGUCAAAGACAGGCCUGUGUUUCGGCAUCAGUCUGAUCCUCGGCUCCACUUUAGGCGGGCAGUUAAAUGCGCGCUUUGGGGAAUCGUUUACAGCAUCUGUUGGUGCUGCAGUGAGUGCCUUCAAUUUGCUUCUGGUUUUAUGCUUCAUCCCAAAAUUUACAAAGACUGAGGCUCCUAGAAGCAGUAAUAAAACUGAGAGCCAAAAGCAGGGCGUCUUCAAUGUCAGAGAGAUCACACGGCUCAUGAAGUAUCCACGGGUGAUGCAGAUCUUUCUCAUCAAGGUGAUAGGAGGUUUGCCAGCAGGGAUAUUUCAGGUCAUGUUCUCUAUCGUGUCAAUGGACUUUUUCCAACUGCAGCCAGAGGAGCACAGCUACCUGAUGGCCUUCUUUGGGAUUGUUCAGAUGGUCAUUCAAGGAGCUGUGAUUGGUCGACUUGCAAACAGAUUCCCUGAGAAGACGCUGCUGCUCUUGUCCAUCGGGGUUGCUGCUUUGGUGGGCUUGGUUCAGACCUACAUGGAGACGGUGUUCCAGCUCUGCAUCUCCAUCACCCUGAUGAUGUUCUCGCUGUCUGUGCUGAACGUCAUCACGGACAGCAUCCUCACCAAAAGUGUGCCUUCCUCCGAUUCUGGAACCAUGCUGGGACUGUGUGCAUCUGUGCAAUCCCUGAUUCGCACCAUCGGACCGACUGCUGGAGGCUUCCUGUACGUGAAUUAUGGCCUCUCCUCUCUGGGCCUUCUGCAGCUCAUCGUGAACGGAACCGUGUUUGUUUACCUGCUGUCCCGACGCCUCAGGAAUUCAGCGAAAGAUGACUGAAACCUGUUCUUUAUGUCAAGAAAACAUCUUCCAAACAGUCGUUUGUUCUUUAAAAUGCAGGACAUUCAAUCCAAAACUGAAAUCAGAUCAAAUCAUAGGAGUUUGUUUCAGUCUAAUCUUCUGUUUUACAAGUGAACGCAGGCCAGACGUUGACCACUAGAUGGCAGCACACUGUUGAUUGUGGCUCCGCUGUGAAUCAGUUUGCUGCUCUCAAGAAUGAAUUGAAAAUGAUAUGGACUGAGCAAAACCCAUUCCUGAAACAUUCUCAGAUUUAUUGUGAAAGGAAUCUUACUUGAAAUGUUAUUUUUGGUAAAUCUCUUGAAAGUUUAUUUGUGUAAAUUUCAGUGUAAGUAAAGUUUCAAAGUGAUGUGAAAGUCUGACAAACUUGUUCCAGAUGACAGCAGCGUAGUCUUUAGGGUGUUCAUGCACGUUUCUGCAGAGCUCAUCAGUCCCAAACUGCCGUUUCUAAAACACUUAGCUGUAAUUUCAAGAUAACAAUAUUUUAUAGACAUUCGUUGGACAACAAUGUAAACCCAUAAUCAGUCUUCAAACCGUUGUUUUCUUUGUGGAAAAUAUAAUCCCAAGUUUUCUCCUAUUUGUCAGUUUAUGAUCAUUUCUGAAUUCUUCCAAAUAGAACAUAUUUUAGAUUAUUUGUUAUCAUUACUUAAAGUGAUCUCUUUUCUUAUAACAUGACCACUUAGAGUUGUAAUGAGCAACACGACUCCUGGAUUUAUGUUUGAUGGAAGCCAGACGUAAAGACUGAUUGACGAUCCAAACGUGUCGGUUCACAUCCGACCGGGCUGGAAAGAGCAGCCAUUCUAAAGUGAUAAAUUUACUCUCAAUGCGUACAAUGAAGAUGAUGGACGUUUCAGUCUUCAAGAUGAAGGUCUUUUUACCAAAGGCUGGAUACCUGAACCCUGAAAGUUAAAGAAGGCUGAGGUUCAAGUGCAACUAAAGGCUGGCCAGAAGGUUCCUUGUUUCAAACCCUGGCUUCUUCCCACAAUUUGGAUCAUCCGCUCCCCAAUCCUGGCCUCGAGGACCGAUAUCCUACAUGUUUUCCAAUCAAGCUGCCAUUGAAGCUCCUUAUUGGCUAAACACACCUGAUCCAGGCAAUCAGCAGCAAAUCAGGCAGGAUUUCUGGAAAACCAGCAGGACGCCGGCCCUCCAGGCCUGGAUUCAGUGUUUUAAAGUGUUUUGGCAGAUUUUUACGCCGGAUGUCCUUCCCGACACAACUCUGUGCAUUGUCCGGGCUUGGGACCGGCACAGGGAGACCCAGACUUGGACCCCUCGUGGCUACACAGUUUCCUCCCCAAGACCCUCAAUUGUACUCUAUAAAGUAUUUUUAUGACAAAAAGAAGUACUUCAUGUUAAUAAAAAAAUACAAUGAAA